AUUGUUUUGAAGUGUUUACAAAUAUUUUAACUCUACACAAAAAUAUUGAAAUUCAAUUGAUUUUUAAGUGAUUUUCCUUUAAAAAUACUCAAAAAAGGAUUUUGCGACAAAUUCCGGCAAAUUUCCAAUUAUGAGUGAUUCUGAACGAGCUCACGGAGGUCGUCGCAAACGAGAAGGCUCCGCAUCGCCGCCAACGGAUCAAGCAUCGGGCGGCGAAGAACCUCGUCACAAGCGCCCCGCAACAGCAACUACGAGCGCCAUUCGCUCAGGACCUCCAAGAGGGCGUCGCGUUUUGCAUGAUCUCGUUUACACGCGUCCGCAAGCCGUGAAACUUUCGAAAAAAGGCACAACUGGAAAUGCCGUCGCGAUUAAGUCAAAUUAUUUUAAGCUCGAAACGCGACCAAAUUGGGCGAUUUAUCAGUAUCGCGUGGAUUUUGCGCCGGAAAUUGAAGUCACGAACAUCCGAAAAGCGAUUUUGCGGGGACACAAAAAUAUGUUUGAUGGGUUUUUGUUUGACGGGACGAUGUUGCUGACGAGUAAAAGGUUGCGCGAAGACAUAACGAUGCUCACGACGCAGCGCACUGAUGGCUCAAAUGUCAUUUUGACGAUAAAAUUUAUCGGGCAAGUGACGAUGACGCAGCAGGGAAGUCUUCAAGUGUUGAAUUUAAUUCUCAGGAAGUCCAUGGAAGGCUUGAAAUUGCAACUUGUGGGUCGAAACUUUUUUGAUGCAGUUGCAAAAAUCGCAAUUCGUGAAUACAGACUCGAAUUGUGGCCUGGUUAUGUGACGUCGAUCCGUCAACAUGAGUACGAUAUCUUGAUGUGCACGGAAAUUUCGUCGAAAGUCAUGCGGAUGGAGACGUUGUACGAUAUUUUACAGGAAUGUAUGAAAAAUUUUCGGGAUUACAAAGAGUCGUUUAGUAAAAUUAUUGUGGGAACGACAGUUUUGACGGAUUAUUCGAACAAAACGUAUCGUGUGGAUGACAUCGAUUGGGAGCAAAGUCCGGCAUCAGUAUUUUCCUGCAAAGAUGAGACAAUUAGUUAUGCGGAUUAUUAUCAAAAAAGGUACCAAAUACGAGUUCGCGACAUGCGACAACCCCUAAUCCUCUCUCGAUCGAAGGAACGUCAAAAGAGAAGUGGUCAAGCUGACUUAAUCGCUCUUAUUCCUGAACUUUGUCGCGCCACAGGCCUCACGGAAGACAUGCGAUCCAACUUUCGCUUGAUGAAAGCAGUUGCGGAACACACGAGAAUUGGUCCAGCACAACGAAUCCGAAGACUUCUCGAUUUUAAUCAACGUCUAAAACGAACACCUGAAGCCAUGGAUGUCCUGAAAGAAUGGAAUAUGACGCUCGCUCAAGAUUUAAUCGAAUUUACAGGCCGAGAAUUGCCUCCGGAGAAAAUUGUGUGCAACGAUCGCGAAAUACCCGGAAAUGCUGAGGCUGAUUGGACUCGCGAUUUCCGAAAUUGUCUCCUUUACACCGUAGUUCAUCUCAAUAAUUGGCAUCUUGUGGCUUUGACUCGUUGUCAGCGUGAAGCAAAUGAUUUUGUGCGUUGUUUGCAGGACGCUGUCAAAAAAAUGGGAUUUACAAUUGCUCAACCACGUGUUCAUCUCAUCGAAAAUGAUCGAAAUGACGAAAUUUUACGAGCUGUGGAGAAUUGCGCGCGUCAAGAUACCCAACUUAUCAUGUUAAUUAUCAGCAAUAACAACCCGGGACGAUAUUCUGCCAUCAAAAAGCGAUGCUGCGUGGAUCGCGCGAUCCCAACUCAAGUCAUCGUGCAAAAAACCAUCACUCCGAAAGACGGAAAUAUGCGAGGAUUGAUGUCAGUAGCGACAAAAGUUGCAAUCCAACUGAAUUGUAAGCUCGGAGCAGCUCCAUGGUUCGUGAAACUCCCGUUAAGUGGCCUCAUGACGGUCGGCUUUGACGUUUGUCACGACACAAAAAACAAGGCAAUGUCAUACGGAGCUCUUGUUGCCUCCAUGGACCUCCGUUCGAGUUGUCGGUACUUUAGUGUCGUCUCGUCGCAUCACAACGGCGAAGAAUUAUCCAACGAACUGGCGUUAAAUAUGACGAAAGCACUCAAGGAAUACCGCAUGGAGCACAAUGCGUUGCCGAGUAAGAUUCUUUUUUAUCGCGACGGUGUCGCCGAAGGACAAAUUCACUACGUGAUCGAACACGAAAUCGAAAAUUUGCGAAAAGUCUUGGAGAAACAUUACGAAAAUGCGGAACAGGAGCUGAGAUUUGCCUUUAUUGUCGUGAAUAAGAGAUUAAAUACGCGCGUUUUUAGAGUUGAUAGGAAUCCGCAGCCUGGGACUGUUGUUGAUGAUGUAAUUACACUGCCAGAACGCUAUGAUUUCUUUCUUGUGUCGCAAAGUGUGAGGCAAGGCACGGUUUCGCCAACGUCCUAUAAUGUUAUUUAUGAUUCGUUGCAAUUGCCGCCAGAUAAGAUGCAGAUUUUGACUUAUAAGCAAUGCCAUUUGUAUUACAACUGGAGUGGAACAACGAGAGUACCUGCCGUAUGCCAAUACGCCCAUAAACUCGCAUUUUUAGUUGGCCAACAUAUUCAUCAAGCACCUCAUCAAUCGCUUCAAAAGUCACUUUACUUCUUGUAAACAAUUUUUUGGGGAAUUUCUAAUUAAUUUUAUAAUUUUAAGCUAAAAAUUUAAUUUUUUUGUUUAAAAAUUUGACAUAAACUCAUAAACUUAGAUCAUAAGACUAAAAAAAUUGAAAAAAAAAA